AUGUUAAUAAAUCGAGAUAUGCAUACAGUUACAAAUUGUUAUUUACUUAAUUUAGCAAUAAGUGAUACUUUACCAUUAAUUGUUAGUUUACCAUUUGAAAUUACAUUUCUAUCAAUUAAACUUCCAUGGGGACAACUUGGUUGUCAAUUACGAAGUCUUCUUGCUGAAACUUCGACAAAUGCUUCAAUAUUAACAAUUAGUGCAUUUACAAUUGAACGUUAUUUAGCAGUAUGCCAUCCACUUCAUGCUUCAUUUCUAGCAACGACACAACGAGCUUUUAAAAUUCAAAUACUUAUAUGGUUCAUUGCCAUACUUUCAUCGACACCUUAUUUUUACAUGACACAAAAACUUGAUAAUAUUUGUCAGCUUGAUGAAAACUUUCGAUUAAUUAUUCGAAUAUGUUUUUAUAUAUCUGCAAUAAUAUUUUUUGUAUUACCUGCAUUUAUUCUUUGUUUAUUAUAUGCAUUAAUGGCUAAACGUUUAUAUUCCGUUGGUUUACUUAAUGAAGUACGUUGGUCAAAAUCUAGUGGAACAGAAUCAUGUUCAUCACCAUUAUGGUUACAAAAAGGUGAACAAGAUAAUACUGGUUUAGAACAACAAUUUAAACAACAACGUCAAUCAUCAACACCAUCAGUAGUCAUAAGACAUUCAUCAACAUUUCGUAGUCAUAAAAAUUCCUUACCUGGCCUAUCAGUAAAUAUUCAAUCAAUGAAAAAAUCUGCUUUUAAAAUGCUUUUUGCUGUUGUUAUUGCUUUUAUUAUAUGCUAUGCUCCAUUCCAUGUACAACGAUUAAUUACGAGUACUAUAAAUGUUUAUCAUUUAUCAUUGAUUCAACGACGUGCAAUAACUAUAUUUUAUUUUAUUAGUGGGAUUCUUUAUUAUCUUGGUUCAACAAUAAAUCCAAUUUUUUAUCAUUUAUUUUCUCAUAAAUAUCGUGUAGCAUGUUUACGAACAAUGAAAGGUAUUAUUCAUUGUGAACGUUAUCAACAACAUCAUCGUCAUUAUUCUCAUAGAACAGAUCCUCCAUCUGAACCUAUUGCACGUCUUGUUCUAUAUGCUAAUACACGUCCAGUAUCAAUACAUAUGUUAAAUAAAAAUAAAGCAACAACAACGACACCAAUAGAACCAAUGUAUCGAAGAUCAAAUAAACAUAAAACUAGUGUCGAUAUAAAUAAUAAAAAACGACAUAUUUUAAGAUUUUCAUUACCGGUAUUAAAUACAGAACGUAUACGAAAAUGA